AUGACUCUGGGCGCGGAGACGGGCGAGGCCGCCGCGGCGCCCGCCCGAGAGCCGGACAUCGACGUGGUGGGCGAGGGCGAGGAGGCGGGCGACGACGAGGACGACGACGACGACGAGGAGACCCUCCGCCGCCGCUGCUGCUUCCCGGGGGAGGAGGAGGAGGAGGACGAGGAGGGGGAGGAGGAGGCCGCCUCGCCCGGCUCGCGCCCGCCGGGCUCGCCCUCUUCGUCGCCGCCGUGCGGGGCGGCGGGGCGGCGGGGCGCGGGGCCGGGCGCGGGCAAGAGCAGCCUGGUGAAGCCGCCCUACUCGUACAUCGCGCUCAUCACCAUGGCCAUCCUGCAGAGCGCCAAGAAGCGGCUGACGCUGAGCGAGAUCUGCGAGUUCAUCAGCGGCCGCUUCCCCUACUACCGGGAGAAGUUCCCCGCCUGGCAGAACUCCAUCCGCCACAACCUCUCGCUCAACGACUGCUUCGUCAAGAUCCCCCGCGAGCCGGGCAACCCGGGCAAGGGCAACUACUGGACCCUCGACCCCGAGUCGGCCGACAUGUUCGACAACGGCUCCUUCCUCCGCCGCAGGAAGCGCUUCAAGCGCCAGCCCCUCCCGCCGCCCCCCCCGGCCCCCGACCUGCUCCUCCGCCGCCUCCAACCCGCCGCCGCCGCCGCCGCCUUCCUGCCCGCCGGCCCGCAGCCCCCGCCGCCCCCCGCCUACGCCUACGGGCCCUACGGCUGCGCCCCCUACGGCCUCCCGCUCCAGCCCUACGCGCCCGCCUCGCCUCUCUUCGCCUUCCAGCCGCCUCCGGCCGGCCGGCCGCCCCCGCCAGCCCCGCUCCUGCCCGCCCCGACGCCGCCGGACCUGGGCAGGACUGCCCGCUUCGCCUACCCGCCGCUCGCCGCCUCCCUGCGCGCCCCCGCCAAGAGCGGCGGCGCCCCGGCCCCGGCCCGCUCGCCCUUCUCCAUCGACAGCAUCAUCGGCCGCGGCCUCCGCCCCCCCGACGCCUCCCAGGCGGCCGUCCUGCCCGUGCUGGCCCGCUCGCCCGCCGCCGCCUCGCCUUUGCCCGCCGCCGCCUCGCUGGGGGGCACCCUGCGCCAAGGCAGCGCCCGGGCCCCGGCCGGACCCCUGGCCGCUCGGAUCCCCAAUUGCUAA